AUGUCGCAAAUAAGUCAGACCACACCAUCCAAUCUGACAGAAGGUUACCCGGUGACAAAUCUGACUUUAGUCGUCCUUCUGCUCAUACCCUGCGUGGUCAUCCUGCUUCUGCUGAACUGCCUCUUCCUGGGUUACAAGUUAAUGGUCCUGUCAAAGAACAACAACAGACAGAAGCGAGAGGACACCGAGAUGAUGCUUUUGCAGUCCACCCUGCAAAGAAGAAGAGUGUCCGACAUGGCCUUUCCCCUACUGCAGGACGGGAGGAGAGCUUACAUGUCUGUGUCGGAGCCUGUCCUGCCGCAGCCCGUCACUUCUUCCAGGGCUUCAUCCAGGGAGCGGGCCGGGGUGGAUCACAGGAUCCGGCUCUUAAGGCCAGAUGGUGCCACCGGUUCGGGGUCCCUGAGGGCGCCGAGCACCAUCCGGGCCUCUUCCUCUGCAGCUGGUUUCAGCCCAAGGCUUGACCUGCCCUCCGGCUCACGGACAUACAGCGUCAGUAAAGCGGGCUGGUGCAGAAGCGCACCAGUUUUACCGCAGUCCAGUGACUCAGAGGCUGAAACCAGAGUGAACCUUGUUCCGCCAAACUCUCCCACGCAGGAGCCAGAGCAUGUGGGUUACAUUGGUCGGAGCAGUACUUACGAGAUGCUGACAGAUGUGAACCCAGGUGUUGCAGUGCAUGUGUUUGACAAAGCAGACAUGGAGUGUGAGUACACCAACCCACCUUCAGAGACGUCUUGCCUGAACACCUCUGCAGUAGGUCCUGGACUUGACAGCGACUUUGGUGCAAGUGCAGGUGUCUCCCUGCGGAUUCUGUCAGCAGACAGUGACGGUCUGUCCAACGGUGUGCUGGCUUCAGCUUUGGAGUGGGAUUAUUAUGACCCCUGCUAUGUCAAACAGAAUAAUGUACCCAAACAUAAACACCACAGGCCUGCAAUGCACACUAAACAGUACUGGGUGUGA